ACGAUGCUGCUGGAGUGGUGCCGCGCCCGCACCCGUGGGUACGCGCACGUGGAUGUGCAGAACUUCUCGGGGAGCUGGGGCAGCGGCCUGGCCUUCUGCGCCCUCCUGCACAGCUUCUUCCCUGACGCCUUCGACUUUGCCGCCCUGGAGCCCAACGCCCGCCGGGAGAACUUUGCCCUGGCCUUCGCCACUGCCGAGGAGCGGGCAGGCUGUGCCCCACUGCUGGAGGUGGAGGACAUGGUGCGGCUGCCGGUGCCCGACGCCAAGUGUGUGUACACGUACGUGCAGGAGCUGUACCGCUGCCUCGUGGCCAAGGGGCUCGUGAAGACCAAGAAGCGCUGAGAGGGUCCCCCACGGCCCCCCACCUGUGCCAUCCCCCUCUUUGUCCCCUGCUCUGUCACCCAGCAGUAAAGUUCAUGGUGCCAGGCGGUGGUGGCCUCGUCUCUGGAGGGAGGAAUGCUGGCACCAAGCGAAGUGUCUGGGCAUUGUCACCAGGCUGGGGCACAGCCUUGACUCUGCCACCAGGAGGGUGACAUCCCCCAGGGCUGGCACGUGGGUGGGGGGCAGCAAUUCCUGGAGCCCCCCACUCUCCCAGUGAGGCACCACGGAGCCAGAG